AUGGCAGUGGCCGAGGGAACCCCAGAGGACAGUGGUGGUGGCUCCCCAGGUGUGUGGGGCUCCUGGGGCCCCUGGUCUGCCUGUUCGCGCAGCUGCAGUGGUGGUGUGAUGGAACAGACACGGCCCUGCCUGCCCAGUUCCUACCGUGCCCGAGGAAGCUCCCGGCCCAAUGGCCCUACACUAUCCAUCACUGGCCACGUUGUGUCAGCUGUACGGACCUCAGUACCUCUGCAUCGAAGCCAGGAGGACCAACGUGCCCUGACUGGCUCCAGUGCCAGCCGCCAAGGCCCCACAGUGGUGCGAGGCAGCCGGCACCCACAGGCCCGGGGCCGUGAACCCUCAGAGAGAAGGAGCAGGACCAGAGGUCCCAUUGGCCCUGGCAAGUAUGGCUAUGGGAAGGCUCCCUACAUCUUACCACUGCAGACGGAUGCCACACAUACUCCACAGAGGCUUCGGAGACAAAGGCCUUCAUCCAGGCACUCCAGGUCCCAGGAGGCAUCUGCUUCUAAGCAGGGCUACAGGCCACCAACCCACCAGUUCUCCCACAACAGACCUCUCUAUCAGAGCGACAGUGGCCCUCGUUCUGGACUGCCACCUUCUGACGCCUCUAUCUAUCAGCUGCCUUUGACCCAAGACCAAAGCUAUCCUGCAGCUUCAAGUCUCUUCCACAGCUCGGAAUUGAGCGGUAACAAUGGUGCUAGGCCCCAAGGGGCAGCUCAGGCCUUCUCCCAGCAUCUUCGAUCCACAGCAAUCUCCUGCAUCGGGGCCUAUCGGCAAUACAAACUGUGCAACACUAACGUGAGUACCCAGCACCUCACCCUGGGCUUGGAGGCAGCUGUUUCUCUUAAUUCCUGGUCAGUUGGCACCCAUUACCUGAAAGAUUGA